AUGUCAAACUCUAUCAAGGUGGUGGCGCGGUUCAGGCCGCAGAACUCCGUCGAGGUUCAGCAAGGAGGGUUGCCUAUCGUUGCAUUUGAAUCCGAGGACACAUGCGCUCUCGAUUCCAAGGAGGCCUCUGGCUCCUUUACCUUCGACCGCGUGUUUGAUAUGAACUCGCGGCAGAAAGAUGUCUUCGAUUUCUCUAUCAAGCCUACAGUAGACGAUAUCCUUAACGGUUACAAUGGCACGGUCUUUGCAUAUGGACAAACGGGUGCGGGAAAGUCGUAUACGAUGAUGGGGACGGAUAUUGACAAUGAUGAGGGCAGAGGUGUGAUUCCUAGGAUCGUGGAGCAGAUAUUCGCCAGCAUUCUUGCAAGUCCGGGCACCAUUGAAUACACGGUCCGAGUCAGUUAUAUGGAGAUUUAUAUGGAAAGGAUUCGGGAUUUGCUGGCACCGCAUAAUGACAACCUGCCUGUACACGAGGAGAAGAAUAGGGGUGUUUAUGUCAAGGGCCUGCUGGAGAUUUACGUUUCGAGCGUUCAGGAGGUCUACGAGGUUAUGCGGAGGGGUGGUGCUUCCAGAGCUGUUGCUUCUACGAAUAUGAACCAGGAAUCCUCGCGGUCACAUUCCAUAUUCGUCAUAACCAUAACGCAAAAGAACGUCGAGACGGGGUCAGCGAAGAGUGGACAGCUCUUCUUGGUAGAUUUGGCAGGUAGUGAAAAGAUUGGCAAGACUGGUGCUAGCGGACAGACUCUCGAGGAGGCUAAGAAAAUCAAUAAGAGUUUGAGUGCUCUGGGUAUGGUCAUCAAUAACUUGACGGACGGGAAAUCACAACAUAUUCCCUACCGAGACUCGAAACUUACUCGUAUCUUACAAGAAUCAUUGGGAGGAAACAGUCGGACAACACUUAUUAUCAACUGUUCGCCGAGUAGUUAUAACGAUGCGGAAACUCUCGGUACUUUGAGGUUCGGCAUGAGAGCGAAGGCGAUUAAGAAUAAAGCAAAGGUCAAUGCGGAGAUCAGCCCUGCGGAACUCAAGGCAAUGCUCAAGAAGGCCCAAUCACAAAUUACAACUUUCGAAACGUAUGUGUCGACACUGGAUGCCGAGGUUCAACAAUGGCGAUCUGGAGAAUCGGUACCCAAGGAAAAAUGGGCUCCUCCCAUAACUGGGGUGGCUGCUGCUAAGAAAGAGAAUGCACAAGCACCAAGGCCCUCGACACCAUCAAGACUAACCACAGACAGCCGGGCAGAUACCCCCAUUUCACAAGAACGAGCCGCCACACCAUCAUUACCUCUAGACAAGGACGAGCGCGAAGAGUUCUUGCGAAGAGAAAAUGAACUCCAAGACCAAAUUGCUGAAAAGGAGUCACAGAUUGCCGCCGUGGAGAAGAACUUACGGGAAACGAAAGAAGAACUUGCCUAUCUAAAGGAGCAUGACGGAAAGACAAACAAGGAUAACGAGAAGCUCACGAGCGAGGUCAACGAGUUCAAGAUGCAACUCGAGCGAUUAACAUUUGAAAGCAAGGAGGCUUUGAUCACCAUGGACAGCCUUAAGGAGGCUAAUGCCGAACUCACUGCCGAAUUGGAUGAGGUUAAGCAACAAUUACUAGACGUCAAAAUGAGCGCAAAGGAGACAAGUGCCGUUCUAGAUGAAAAGGAAAAGAAGAAAGCCGAGAAGAUGGCAAAGAUGAUGGCUGGAUUUGAUUUAGGUGGUGAUGUCUUCAGUGAUAACGAGAGGUCUAUCAAGAAAGUCAUUGACCAAGUUGAUGCUCUUCACGAGCAAAGUUCUGCGGGUGAGGCUAUCCCACCAGAUGAGUUCGAAAAUAUCCGUGCCAAGUUGGUGGAGACACAAGGCAUCGUCCGACAAGCAGAAUUAUCCCUUUACGGCACAUCGUCCAAUGACACCAAUGCCAAGCGGAGGGAAGAGCUCGAGGCACGUCUCGAGGCCGUGGAGCAUGAUUACGAAGAUCUUCUUGAGCGAAACCUCACCGAGGCCGACGUCGCGGAAGUCAAGGAUCGCCUCGCAGCAGCGUACUCCAACAAGCAAGACGCCAAAUUUGAGCUCGUGGAGGAUCUCAAGGCGGAACUCAACCAAAAGUCUGCCGAGAUCCAAAAAUUCAAGACAGUAAAUGACGACCUGCAACGACGCGUAAAGAGCGGUAGCGUCUCCAACGGCUCAUCAAACGGCAAGACGGUACAGCAGCAAAUCGCGGAGUUCGAUGUUAUGAAGAAGUCUCUCAUGCGUGAUCUCCAGAACCGCUGCGAGCGUGUUGUCGAGCUUGAAAUCUCUUUAGAUGAGACGAGAGAACAGUACAACAAUGUCCUUAAAUCGUCGAACAACCGCGCGCAGCAAAAGAAAAUGGCCUUCUUAGAGCGCAACCUCGAGCAACUGACUCAUGUUCAGCGCCAACUUGUUGAGCAAAACGGCAGUUUGAAGAAAGAAGUUGCUAUCGCGGAGCGGAAGCUCAUUGCGCGGAAUGAGCGGAUUCAGAGUCUGGAGAGUCUAUUGCAGGAUAGUCAGGAGAAACUUACUGCUGCUAAUCAUCGUUUCGAAGCUCAACUCACAGCUGUAAAAGAACGCCUCGAAGCCGCAAAGUCAGGCAGUACACGCGGUCUCGGCUCCCCUACAGGCGGUUUCUCAUUCGGCGGCGGGGGCUCCCGCAUCGCGAAACCCCUAAGAGGUGGCGGCGAAAGUGCGAAUCUGGCAGUAUCAGGGUUACAGAGUGAGCUUGGGCAGGGGAGCAAUAAGAGGAGCUCAUGGUUUUUCUCGGGGAAUAAAUAA